AUGCCUGGUUUAAGUAACGGGGAUAAAAAUGCCCCACCUGCAAAGAGCAAUUUACCUCCUGGUCGAGUUGUCAACACAACUUUACCACCCAAUCGUCCUGUACCACCAGGUAUGGACCAGGAGAAUUCUGGUGGUGAUAUUAAUCACCCAAGAAUUCCUCAUACAACUCUUACUAUACCAGGGAGCAAUGAUCCUGUCCAACCUGCUUUACCAAGAUCCCCUUUGAGAACAAUUAUAGGUCCACCAAAUGGGCCUAUGGCGAUAGGCCGACCUGCUAGGUUAAUAAACAAUGGUGUAAAUGGAAAUGGUGUUCAUGAAGUGAACGGAAAUAAUUCUGAUCCAACAACUGUAGUUCACGCCACGAACGGUGCACCACUCACAACCAGGCCCACAGCACCUAUUAGUUCACAACAAGUGAAUGGAAGAAAUGUGCAACCUGGUGUUUUGGCAAAUACCCAGACACCAAGAGUAGGAAUUCAAGCUGUCAGUGUUGUCAACGAGCAACAAAAAAGUGAAGAUGCGCCAACAAAUGGAAAUAAAAAUCCUAAACGACUACCUCAAAACAACGACCAAGAAAAAGUGUUUCUAAAGACGCCCAAUGCUUUGAGAAGAGAAGAAGCUAAAAAAGAAGCGAACAAUUCAACGAAAAAUAAUGAGACAGAGAACGGAAAGACAGAUGAUACAAAGAAUGGCAACAACAAGAAUGGUAACGGUAGGAAUGCCUCUCCAAUAAAAAGACCACUUGAUAAAAAUGGCAAUGGUAAGAAUGGUGGUGUUACCAACUCACCAACAAAGAAGGUGCUUAGGACUAAUGGAACGAAUGGAAAUAAUAAAAACGACGAAAAGUCUUCCCCUGUGAAGAUUCCUCCCAUAAAAUCAUCACAAGAAUCUCCAAAGAAGAAUGGUGCUCCAAAAUCUCAAGAGUCUUCAUCACCUACGAGAAAAAAUGGCAUCAGAGUUCCCUUAAACCCUUCUCCAACUAAGAAAACACCAAGAAAUUCACCAUCUCCUCCAAGAAAGAAAAUAGCUAAGUCUCCUUUACCUUCUCCAAAAACAGCCCGAAAGAAUGUUUUAAACCAAAGCUCACCAACCAAGCUUUUAGGCAAAGCUCCCAAUAAUUUGACAUUGGUCCCUGGACGUCCUUUACCAGCCACAACAACUCUCAUCGGCAGUCAGAAAGAGGCUGAAUCUAAAGAUGAUAAAAAUGCCAAAAAAGAUGAAGCGAAAAGUGCUGAUGAGGAUAAAGAAAAAGCAGAUGAGAAAGGGAAAGAUAAAGAAAAAGGCAAACCAUCGGAAGCUACAUUAAUUUUUGACCGAUUGUUGACAUUGUGCAAAAGAGGCGAUUGGCUUGCUGUUGAGACAUUGCUCAAUCACCUUGAUGGCCUGCAAAUCCCCCCAGAUUUGACAGAUCCGGAGAACGGUUACACACCUCUGAUGUAUUCCGUGAAGGAUAACAGAGUGUUCAUGGCUGAACGAUUUUUGGACAUGGGUAUGGAUAUUAACAUCAAAGGAAAGGAUAACAUGACAGCCCUUCACUUAUCAGCUCAACAGGUCCGAGAAGAUAUGGUACGCCUUCUUCUUGGAAGGAAAGCAGAUCCUAUGGCAGCAGGCGGUCCCAAGGGACAGUUACCACUUCACAUAGUAUGUUCCCGUCCAACUGGUCAAGCACUUACUCCUCUCCAGCUGCUUCUCAAAGCCACUGGUAAAGAUGCCAGACUUACAAAAGAUAAGGCUGGCAACAUCCCGUUGAUGUUGGCCGUGGAGGUGGGAAACCACGGCAUUUGUCGAGAGCUUCUGAUGGUGGACGCAAAAGAACAGCUGUCCGUCCGGAGGCCGGACAUCCGGGAUACACCUCUGCACAUAGCCUCCCGGAGGAGAGACAUAGACCUCAUGAGACUUCUCAUUGAGAAGGGGGCUGCUGUCAACCUCCAAAACAGUGAAGGUAUGACGCCUCUCCACAUCGCUGCUAUGGAAGGAGACGAGGGCAUGCUGAAGGUACUAAGUCAGGCGAAUGCGAGGGCCAACAUCUUAGACAGACGGGACAGGGCGCCCGUUCACUUGGCAGCAGAGAGAGGUCACACCAAUGCUGUAGAGAUACUCCUGGACAAGUUCAAGGCUUCCAUAUCACAGAGAACCAAGGACGGGAGCACCCUCAUGCACAUAGCUUCUGCUGCCGGCUUUCCUGACAUUGCCAUGAUAUUUAUGAAAAGAGGAGUUCCUAUUCACACUUCAAACAAGUCUGGUGCCAAGUGUCUUCAUAUCGCAGCUGCCGCCGGCCACGUAGAAGUAGUUCGGUCUCUGCUGAACAAAGGCGAAAGCGUUGACAUCAAAACAAAUGAUGGUCAAACAGCACUUCAUAUCGCAGUUCAAGCUUGCCAGCCGCGAGUGGUGGAAACUUUAUUGGGUUACGGAGCUCAGAUAAGACUAAAGGCUGGAAAAUCUGGGGAGACGCCCUUGCACAUAGCAGCUAGAACUGCGGGUGGAGAGAAAUGUGCUGAACUGCUGUUGAAAAGCGGAGCAGAAGUCAACGCAACUCAAGAGGAUGGAGAAACUCCUCUUCACUUUGCAGCUCGCCAUGGUCACCUGAACACUGUAGCUCUCUUACUGCAAGAUAAGGCAGAUGUACAACAAAAGUCAAAUAGUGGCGAGACACCCCUCCACGUAGCUGCACGCAACUGUCACUAUGCCGUGGCUCGCAGUCUGCUUGACCACUGGAAGAAAACCCAUCCAGGGGACAACGGUGCGACCCUCGUCAACGCUCAGAAUGAACUUGGCGAAACGGUUCUGCACUAUGCCUGCCUUAUAUCAAAGAGCCAAGCGCAUCAUCCAACGGAGGACAAAGAUCUGGUAAAGCUGCUGCUCCAGAAUGGUGGAGAAGUGAACAUCCCCAACGAAGAGUACCGUAUGACUUGCAUCCACUACUGCAGUAAAGAGGGAAAUGCUGAUAUACUGCACGAAAUAUUGAAUCAGAUCGAUCCGACGAUGCUGCAAGGUGCCUGCAAUAGAAUCGCUUUGAAUGGUUGGACUCCUCUGCUGUAUGCUUGCCAAAAGGGCCAUCCCGAAGUGGUCAACCUGUUGCUUCAAAAUGCUGCCAGAGUAGACGUCUUCGAUGAAGGGGGAAAAGCAGCCCUCCACCUGGCUGCAGAGUUUGGACACGGGGAAGUGGUAGACAUCCUACUGAAGCACAAGGCCUUCGCCAAUGCCCGAUCUAAGAAGGGCAUGACACCCCUGCAUCUGGCAGCAAGAAAUGGGUACACAGAAAUCGUCCAGAAGUUGGUCACGCAGUACGGGGCCACACUGGACGCUCUUACUCUGACAAAACGAACACCUCUUCACUUAGCAGCGGAGAACGGAAAACUCGACGUCUGCAGCGUGCUGUUGGAAAUGAGAGCUGAUGCGAACUCGAUUGAUAAUACGGGCCAAACUCCAUUACUACUGGCUGCCGAAAACGACCAUCCCGAAGUGGUGAAGCUCUUCCUCCGGCACAAGCCCGAAUUGGUGUCGAUGGCCAAUUCAAAUGGCUUCACCUGCGCCCAUAUCGCAGCCAUGAAAGGAAGUGUGGCUGUCAUUAAAGAGCUGAUGAAAUUCAAUCGAUCUAUGGUGACCUCAGCACGAAAUUUGACCGGAAACACGGCGCUUCACUUGGCAGCCUCUGGAGGACACGCUGAAGUGGUGAAAGUGCUUAUUGAAGCUGGUUCCUCGGCAACGGAAGAAAAUGCCGACGGAUACACCGCAUUGCAUUUUGCUGCUAAAGACGGACAUGUCAAGGUUUUACAAGCACUGAAAUCUGCAGUUUCCUGGCGAGUCUGCAGUAAAAAGACGGGGAUGACGGCUCUACACGUAGCUGCAAGUUGUGGGCAGACGGAGUUCGUUCAAGAAAUGUUAACUCAAAUCCCCGCCACUAUACCGAGUGAGAGACCAGGAGACACAAGCCUCAGCGAUGAUUAUGGUUUCACUCCACUGCAUUUAGCAGCAGAAUCCGGUCAUGAAGGUGUAGUCCGUGUUUUGCUCAAUAGUUCCGGAGUCCAAACUGAUUGUGCUACAGUAGUACAGGGUAUAUUGCCAAUGCAUCUCGCCGCUCGAGGUGGCCACUUAGCCGUGGCCGGUCUCUUGCUGAGUCGUUCCACUGAUCAGCUUCAGACGGCGGAUAAACAAGGUCGAACGCCGCUUCACAUGGCGGCCGCACAAGGACACAGAGAAAUGGUCGGAUUACUCCUCGGUCAAGGUGCUGAUAUCAAUGUCGCAGAUAAUAAUGGAUGGACAGCGCUUCAUUAUACCACGAGGCACGGUUUCCUCGAUGUUGUUCAGUUGCUCGUUAACAGCGGAGCAUCUCCCACAGCUGCCACAAAUGAUGGAAAAGUACCUCUCUGUUUGGCAGCUGGAGCGGGACAUUAUGACGUUUUGAAUUACCUACUCAAGAAAGAACACGACACGCACACUCUAAUGGCAGAUAGCAAUUUCCUCAUCGAUUUAAUGGUCUCAAGCAAAGCACACGCGAACAAACCAGUUUUGGAAUUCGUGUUAGUCUCAGCCGCACCGAUAGAAACAGCAGCAAAAAUGGCACGGAGUUACCAAUUACUUUCACUCAAAGAGAAAGAUCGUGCACGGGACUUGGAAGUGAUGGCUAUGUUUUGCGAAGCUAUGGCAGCUGAUUUGCUAGGCAUAACAGCAAUCUCGUACAACACAGGAACACUUCUGAGAUCAGUAGACUCCCAGAAUCAACCAUUUUUGGACGUUCUCAUCGAGCUUCAGCAGAAAGAGGUCGUGGCCCAUCCAGCAGUGCAAAAAUACUUGACGGACUUGUGGAUGGGCAGCUUGCAGUGGGCCUCUUGGAAAAUGACCCUCAUGUUUUUCUCUUUUUUAAUAUGUCCUUUAGUUUGGGUCGCCUUCUCCUUACCACUGGGCCACAGAUUCACCAGCAUCCCUAUCAUCAAGUUCAUGUCUUACCUGGUAUCACACAUAUUCUUCAUCAUCCUUCUUUCGUUCACUAUUGUCAAUCCCUGGUUGCCUUUAUGGAAAUCGACUCAUCUCAUUCCAUACAUACAUGAGUGGUUGCUUCUUUUAUGGCUAAUCGGUUUGUGGGUAUCCGAUGCGACAAACCCAAAAGACAGAGAAGGCUUAGGCUUCAUAAAAGUCAUCAUCAUGACUGUGGGGUCCAUGGGCAUUUUAACGCAUGUCGUAGCACUGGUUUUCUCAGACGACCACUCUAUUUUGGUAUGCUUGUACAUCCGCAACCAAUUCCUCGCCGUUGCCCUCUUGCUCUGCUUCGUGGAAUUCUUAAACUUCUUAACAUUCCAUCACCUGUUCGGACCAUGGACAGUCAUCAUCAGGGAUCUCAUCAAAGAUCUGAUGCGAUUCUUGGCUAUUCUGGGCAUAUUUUUAGUCGGUUUUUCCCUGCACUUAUGCGCAAUCUACCAACCAGUAUUCCUUCCAAAAGGCGCGGACAACCUUGCGCUAGUCGUAUUUCAGUCACCAAUCGACACUUUCGAGAUGCUCUUCUUCGCACUCUUCGGUCUGGUGGAACCGGAUUACAUGCCACCGAUGCACCUGAGCCCUGGAUUCUCAAAAGCCAUCAUGAAGGUGGUAUUUGGGAUUUAUAUGAUGGUCACCGUGAUUGUGUUAAUCAAUCUGUUGAUCGCCAUGAUGUCAAAUACAUACCAGAGGAUCCAGGCGCAGUCCGAUACAGAAUGGAAGUUCGGACGAGCGAAGCUCAUCAGAAAUAUGAAUAAGACGUCACCUUCACCAUCACCUAUUUGCCUUUUCACUCUAUUCGGAGAACUCUUUUACCGAUGUCCGAAGAAAAUCACAGGUAUGAAACCACAACUGCACAUGAUGAAAACUAAAAGGGACGCGGCAAUCCAACGCGGAGAUGUACCGCGAAUCAUGCCAGCAGCAUGGCAAAGGAGAUGCACACGUAGAUCGCAACAGAUUAUGCCUGUCGUGCAAAAUCUCACAGCUGGACGACCCAUUGCCAAAGUCGUAGAUUGGCCAUCUAUCGUUGUCAAAUACCUGGAAGUGACGGGAGCUGACAUCAAGAUGGAACUGCCAGAAGAAUCUCAUCCAGGAGAUUGAACUGAAAAGUGACUUUUUCGUAUGACCUCACUUUGGUGCUUCCUGAAAUUAAAAUAAGGUGCGAUGCCUGUCCAAGUCGGGCCAAUGGGUCAUCUACAGAUCAAAACUUCACUGUGCUUGACUCGCAGAAGUAUUUUUAGAUAUGUAGAUAAAAAUAAUUUGUAAAAUGUUU